AUGCUACGCAAGCGAGAAGCCCUUCCAGACUACGCCAUCACCUACGCCCCCCUGUCCUACCUGUACAGCGGCGAGAAGUGGUGGCCGUCCGACAUCACGGUGCACUUGGCCAAUGUCGAGCCCGAGGUGAACUUUACCGCCAUCGGGACCAACGGCUCGGUUACUGUCGAUACCCUGGACUCUCUGGCAUCGGAUGUCUAUCUAACCGCCUCCGAUGGGCCCAUUCUGAAUCCUUCCAAAAGCACCCCGGCCUGGCUCGCAUCCGACUACGGCAUCCCUGACAGUGAUGGCCUCAGUGCUGCACCCGGUCUCAUCAUUGCCGCGGAGAAGAACAGCACCACGACCGACGUGUUUUACUUUUAUUUCUACUCGUACAACUAUGGCGGAGAGGUUCUGGACAUCCACUUUGACGACCAUGUUGGGGACUGGGAGCAUGUCAUGAUCCGCUUUGUCGACGAAAAGCCAUACGCUAUCUAUUGCUCUCAACACAGUGCUGGAUCAGCCUACUACUGGGACGUGGUGGAUUUCUCUGGCGACCGACCCCUGACCUACAUCGCCUACGGGGGGCACGCUAACUAUGUCACUGCGGGCACGCAAGACUACACCGUCGCCCUGGGCAUCGUCUCUGACACUACCGACGCCGGCUACUUGUGGGACAUGACCCUCAACUACCGCGGUUAUUGGUACGAUGUGGACACAGAAGAAUUCACUGUUGCAACAGGCGCGGGCACCGGCGCGACUGAAGAGGGCGCUGAGACAGCAGACUGGCUGAGCUGGCUGGGCACCUGGGGAGACGAGGAGUACCCCGACGGUCUGCUCAACGACAUUGAGACUGGCCAGUACUGUAUCGUGGGCGAGUGCCACUACACGACUGGGCCAACUGGGCCCGUGGACAAGAACCUCGGUCGGACGACUGUGUGCCAGAAGGAAGAUGACUGUACCAUCUUUGACAAUAUUGAUGAUCUGACGCACCAGUCUUAG